AUGAGUUCUGAAGAAGAAGUAGAAGUUCAACAUGGGAAGGGUGUGAUCUGGAGAGAUGGAUAUCGUAUUCCGCUGAUUAGACUACGAUUUAAUGAUGUGUGUGAUGAUGGAUCUUCUGUUAUAUUUGAUAGUGGAUUGAACCUUCAUGAUGUGCUCGUCGAAGCAGUGGUGGGCGUUUUGGAUACGCUAUAUACCCCGAAAACUGCGCCGACAAACGUUCGAUCAGUCACAUUUAUCAUACGCAGCAUGGAUGGCGUUGCUUACACUACUGGCAUGGACAUCGAUGACGAUCACAAAGAAAUACAUUUUUCUACAGAUUAUAUUGCUGGGGUUAAUGAGAGAUCGAAGGGGAAACAAAAUAAACAGGAGAUUUUGGGAGUUAUUAGACAUGAGAUGGUGCACUGUUUUCAAUAUAAUGCAUUUGGAGGGGCGAAUGGGGGUUUGAUUGAAGGGAUUGCCGAUUGGGUUCGAUAUAAGGCUGGUUUUAGACCACCUCAUUGGCACCGUGGGGAGGGUGAUGCGUGGGACAAUGGCUACGAGAGGACUGCAUACUUCCUUCUUUGGUUAGAAGAGCAGUACGGUCCCGAAACUGUACCUCGUAUUAACGGGUGGAUGAAAAACCGUCACUACUCAGACAAGCUAUUCAUCGACCUAUUCCACGAAAAGCCGGAAGAUCUCUUCAAGAAAUACAAGAAAUGGUGCGAGGAACACAAAGAGGAGGAGGGCUCAUCCGAGGCCUGUGGGACUGGUGAGAAAGAAUCGAAUCCCUCUGAUGGUGAAGAAGCUUCUGCCGAAUCAUCGCCUCAAAAUGCAAAUGAAGGGGAUGACCAUUCUUAUGUCGAGGUUUCGGAGCCUCCUGAGGAUUGCAGUGCUUCUGAGCUGAAGCUUGUGGCUCGAGACAGGCUAUGCAAUCUUACUUAUGACGGCACCGGAAGCUUCAAACGGUUCCUAAAUUCAUUUGAGGGUCUGAUUGAAGUUCUUGACUCGAAAAUGUCGGAGAAGGAGCGCAAGCUACUUCUUGUGACAGCAUUUAAGGGUAAUGCACUGGCUUUUUUGGAUAAUAUUGACCCCGAGGACGAGCUUGAGUUCUCUGAGAUAAAGGUUAUAUUGGAAGCGAACAAUCUAGCGGCAUACAAAUCCUAG